AUGGCAGAAAAUACAGGUAGCAAAAGAGAGGGGGCCUCCACAGAUGAUGAUCAGAAGAUUAGAUAUCUUCGGUUAAAUCAAGUCUUCAAUAAAGCACUGUCACAAUCGAUUGCUAAAUUCCAGAACUAUGAAAAAGUUUCUGCAUGUUUCCCAGAAUAUGCUUCAACACAUUUAGGAAAGAUUCAUUUGGUGAAUUGUGAAAAACAAGUCACUGAAUUCUGGGCAGAGUUAUGCCAUCGAGAGUUCCAAGAGAUUAUGAAAGAGCGUAACGUAAAAGAAAAAUUAGAUGAUUUGGAUAUACUCAUAGCCCAAGCCAAGAAAAGAUUACAAGAACAAAAGCAGGAGCAUCACAUAGAGGAUACCAGUGAUAAGAAUACGUUGUCAAUCGCAGAGCUAUCCGUGGAUGAAAUAAUACAAUGUAAUCUCCAUACACAACGUAAAGAUACAUUAAAGGAAUUGGACAAAAGGAUUAACAUUCUAGAGGAAUCUAAUCAAGAUUUAGAAAAUACACUUAAGGAGCUUGAGGGAGAUUUAGGAGAUGAGUACAAAAGUUUGAAUGAUUUGUAUAACCAAUAUUUUGGCCAAUUACAGAAUAAGUCUCUUGAUAAGACCUUAACACAAGGUCUUAACGAUAUGUUAUUAGAAUCAAGAGAAUCUUAA